AAUGGAAGAAAAUAAGGAAGAUGUCCCUCUUGAGGGUGCUGAAGAGGAAGAGAAGUUGCCAGAUGACAACCCUGAUGCUCAAGAACAACCUGGUGAUGAAAAUGCCUCUCCCACUCAGAAUGUAGUCAAAGAUGAUGCAGAUGCAGACCCUGAUGCAGGCCCUGCUCUCAUAGAAGGAGCAGAUGGAAUUCCUUUUGGAGAAGAGGAAGAAAAGAAGAAUGAGAAUGUAUCCCCGGAGGUCUUUGAGAAUAUCAAGACUCUUUUUGAAGUCUUUGAUGAAGAAGGGACUGGUUAUGUUGAUAUACAAGAACUCUUUGUAAUCAUGAAGGCACUUGAUGUCAAACCAUUAGAGGAGGAAGAGGAAGAUCUCUUAAGAAAAGCAGAUCCUAAUGAUGAAGGAGCGUUUACAAUGGAUGGACUCCUAUCAAUAAUGGAAGAGAAAUUAAGACCUACGGAUACAGUUGAAGACUUAAUUGAGCAUUUAAAUAUUCUUAACAGGAAAAAGGACGGAGGAACUAUAGCUACUCCUGAGCUAAAGCAGUUCCUUACAACUAUGGGAAUGAAGUUUAGUGAAGAAGAAGCUGAAGCGAUGAUCAAGGAAGCUGAUCCUAAAAAUGAUGGUAUUGUUUCUAUCGAAGCAUUUGCUACAAAAUUAUGCCCAGUUCCUAAAGAACCCAAGUAG